AUGUCUUCAUAUCUCCAACAACUAGAUCACCUCGCAAACCGUAUUGCACAAUACAACGACCCUAGAAAACACGACCCAUACCUCGACCUGCUCAAAGAGGUCGCUGCCGUCGUUCGCGAAGCAGACACGCGCGGAGCACCCAACCUCACCGAGAUAGUCGAAAAGGCGGGAGCGAUCUACGACAGCGCGAUCAAUUGGGCGUACGGCGAUGGUGACUUUGACUUCCUGCCGUCGUACGCGCAUACACCGGACGCCCCGCCCAUCAAGGACCCCCUCCAUCGUUUUGGCUUUGGCGCAGGUCCCGCCAUCGAGCUCCUGAGGAUCAUUGACAGCAUGCGAGUGAACGGUGCAGGCCCCUUGUCUGCAACCCAGCGUGAAGAGUUCGUUCCUCCCCCAUGGACUAAGUCACAACCCCCUCACCCCAAGUCCACCCGCCUCUCGCGCUUCCGCGAUAACGUGAGGCCCUCAGCCACAGACGCGACUCCACUCGCGCGCACGAUCUACCAAGCGCGCUGUGAGGUCGCCUCAUACAGCAUCCCGUGCCCCGUCAACGCAGCAAUCGCAUCCGACUCUUCCGUCCUCGCCAUUGCAGGCAAAGGCGGCUGGAAGAAUCGCGACCCCGUCCUCUCGCUCUACCUCCUCGACGAAGGCAGCGCUGAGCAAGGGGGCGGGCCUGCCGGUGCGCGCUCGUCUCAGAGCCUAGACUGGCGCUGCAUGAACAUCGACCCUGGCCUGUCCGAGGUCGCUUACCAGAUCGCACUGGACACCCCACGCAAGCUCGCCCUCGUCGCUGACUCGCACCGCAUCAAGUCCUUUUGCUGGGGCCAGUCCGGGGGCGUUGAGUUUGAGGGCUGGAGCCCCACACAGGGCAACAACGUCCACACGCUCGACAGCGACCGGUACCGCGGCCCCCUCGCUGUCCUGCCGAACGGCCGCGUCGUGCGCGCCGGCAAGGGUGGGUUCGCGCUCUGGAACAUCGACGAGCUCCCGACGCACAAGGGCGGGAGGCGUGUAGGGAGGGGCAAGUACUCCGACGACUCGUGGCGCGACAACGACAACGGGGAGAUCGAGCGGUCCACUGGGACCACCCCAACCACGACCGUCAAGUUCGCGGGAGCAGGGGACGAGACCUUCGCCCCGGACAGCUGGCACCUGCACGACCCGAGCGGGCAUAUGCUCGUCGGGGAGAACGGGCGGAACUCCGCGGGGCGGUACGGGUGCUACGCGAUUGACCUGGAGCAGGGCGGCAGGAAGGUGGCACGGUACUUGGGGCAUGGGGGGAAUGCCAUCGAGGGGUUCUCGACGAGCGCAGGGGACGCGAACGUCUUUGCGACUGCGGGCGCGGAUGGGUAUGCGCGGCUGUAUGACGUACGCCAUCCGCUCCCGGUGAUCACGAUUGACUCGGGCAAGCUGAGCGAGUUCUGCACCUCGGUUCAGCUCGUCUACCCAGAUGGCAUCCCGACGCUCUUCACCGGGGGCGACAAGUCACAGAGCGUCCGAUGCUGGGACAUCCGUGCGCAGGCGGUCGUGUACGAGCUCAGCACAGGAAAUAACAGCGUGUGCACGCUCAGCUGGGACGCGAAGCGUGACGUCCUCUACGCCACUACGGAAUGCGACUACAUGGACCGCCUAGGUUCCACCCACGGAUACCGGCAUGCACGCAUUCCGCGCUGGGCGCAGCUAUGCCCGGAAGACCAUGAGCGUGAAAACGACGGCUUGGAAGAAGAGGAUGUCGACAUGGAAGAUGACGAGGAGUACGAUGGCGAUGAGUACGACAGCAUGGAGGACGACGAUGACGAGAAUAACUGGCCGAAGGACGCGUAUCACAACGAGACGUUCUUUGGGUACGCGUACGAUGCGGGUGAGCAUGUCUUGCUGCGCUAUGCGUUCAAGGAGGAUCCGGACCUGCAGGAGCUCCCGGAGUAUGGCCAGGCUUCUCUGGAUGACGACGAUGGCUACUGGUAG